UUAUGGGCUGCUGGUCGCUACGCCGACGCUCACUCCAGCUCCACUCUGAGGGGAACUCAGGAGCUCCGUGCGCACGAGAGGAAGCUGAUCUGCAGGACUACAGCGCAGCGCUGGUGGAGAGUAUCGGCGUCUGGUUGGUGUGCUGAAAGUUAAAGCUCUGUGCUCUGUGUUCCUCCCGGACUCUUGAGUUGCCGGCCGCCCGGUCCCAUCGAGUCACCAAGGCUCCGCCCCCUGCCCUGCUCCCGUCGUUGGCGCCGCGGCGGUCGUCCAGCAUGCAGUCGCCGUACCGCCUGCCGCACCCGCUGCCCCCUCUGCCCGUCAGGAAGGGCGUGCGCGGCCGCCGGCCCAAGAGCCAGACCAUCGCCAUGCUGAAGGCCGCCGCCGAGGCAGCAGAGGCCGCCGCCCACAACGGACCCGCGGUCACCGGGGGCAACGCCGCCGACAUCAUGAACCCCGCACCCCAGCUCACGCCCAGACCCCACAAGAAGAGAGGGCCCAAACCAGGCAGCAAGAGGAAACCUCGAGUGGGUCCAUCUCUGGUCAGCACAAGCUUGACCAACCUGACCUCAGAGCACAGGCUGUCUGCCAUGCAGACGCCAAAGGAUGGGUCCAACAACCCAGUCUCUACGGUGUGUGUGUACGUGAACAAGCACGGCGACUGUGGGCCUCAUCUGGACCGGACGCUGGUGCUGCAGCUGCCGGAUCACUUCGGGCCGGGCCCGGUCAACAAGGUCCUGCAAUACUCGGUCCAGGCGUGUGUGGACUGUGCCUACCAGCCCAAACUGCUCUACUCAUUCCUACAGUCACAGUCGGACGGCGGGGAGAUCAUCAGAGUGCGCUCUGACGGGGGCACCAGCUACGUGAAGCUGCCGUCUGCGUCCAGCGCGUCGUUCGUGCUGCGCUUCCUGGAGACGCUGUGCCACCACCUGCAGUGUGACACCCUGUUCAGCAGCCAGCCCUCCGGCCCCUUCAGCACCGGCCCCCCCACACACUGCGCCUACGACAGGAAGACCGUGAAAGAGGAGACUCCGGAGAGCCUCUCACUGACCCGGGGCCUGCGCCGCUUCACCGGCCACUCUGCCUCCUACGCAGACCCCCUGCCCUCCUACGCAGACCCCCUGCCCUCCACACUCCCCCCCUCAGAAGAGGCGCUUGCCAACGGUGAGAACGGCGCCGCUUCAGACCACCAGUCGGCCGAGUACGCCAUGGAGACGACCCCGCGACCUCACGGCAUGGCCACGCCCCCUAACGGCAUGACCCCGCGACCUCUGACGCUCCGCCCCUCAUCAGAGUACCGCCCCCCGGCCAACGCCCCCCCCAUCCUGCGCCGCCUCUCCUCCAACACCCCCCCCACACGCCUGCACCGUCAGGAGGCAGCCAGCUCCACUACGGGUCCAGAGCAGCAGAAGAUGGAGCUGGACGCUGCAGGCCGCUCCCCUGUGGGUAGCCCCUCCUCCUGGACCAUAGAGGAAGUGAUGCAGUUUGUGCGCGACGCCGACCCAAUGGCCCUGGGCCCACACGCCGAGCUCUUCAGAAAGCACGAGAUCGACGGCCGAGCCCUGCUGCUUCUGCGUAGCGACAUGAUCAUGAAGUACAUGGGCCUCAAACUGGGCCCCGCCCUCAAGCUGUGCCACCACAUCGAGAAACUGAAGCAGAGCAAGACCUAGAGAACACACAGACACAGAGACACAUGUGCGCACACACACACGCACACACACACACACACACACACACACACACACACAUAUGCACACUCACACACACACUCCAUAUUCACCAGCUGGGACUUGACUCUGUGACUGGCCAGGCUUCUCUUAUGAGGCUUGCAUGACCAGGCCCUGCGCCCCCUUAACCCUUAACCAGGCCCUGUGCCCCCUUAACCCUUAACCAGGCCCUGCACCCCCUUAACCCUUAACCAGGCCCUGCGCCCCCUUAACCCUUAACCAGGCCCUGCACCCCCUUAACCAGGCCCUGCACCCCCUUAACCCUUAACCAGGCCCUGCGCCCCCUGCGCCCCCUUAACCAGGCCCUGCACCCCCUUACCCAGGCCCAGUGCCCCAUUCAGGCCCUCCGCCCCCUUAGCCAGGCCCUGCGCCCCCUUAACCCUUGACCAGGCCCUGCGUCCCUUGACCAGGCCCUGCGCCCCCUUAACCCUUAACCAGGCCCUGCACCCCCUUAACCCUUAACCAGGCCCUGUACCCCCUUUACCCUUAAC